AUGUUUUCUUUAGAAGUAUGUAUCGCUCUUUUGGGGCUCCCUCUUGCAGUAAUUUCGCAGCCUGCAGUUCUUACUGACACAGCAUCAUCGGUCAAUGUGAACUACAACGACGUUGUUACGGAUGAAGGUGAUCGUCUUCCAGAUUUCAGCUUCUGUGGAUACCAUUCUUCGGACAAACCGCUGCCGUCUGCAGCUCCAACGAUUACAUUAAACGCAGGAAAAGGAGAUCAGACGAAACUCAUUCAGAAUGCACUUGACAAAGUUUCUACUUCAGGAGGCGUUGUGGUGCUCUCACAAGGCACAUUUGAAUUUCUUGGUCAGUUAAGGCUGCAAAGUAAUACGGUGCUCCGAGGUGCGGGCAUGGGAAAGACUGUUUUGACAACGAAGAACGGAUCUAUGAAUCUGAUUACGAUGGGGAAUGGCGAUGGCAAGGCGAAAGUUGGUGAUGCUGUUGCCAUUACCGAUAGCCAUGUACCUAUUGGAGCAACAAAUUUCACUGUGAAAUCAACAGCUGGUUUGGCUGUUGGGUCCGAAGUGUAUAUCCAGAGGGCAGUAACUCCAGAAUGGGUACGUGAAAAUGGAAUGAGUGACUUGGUGAGAAAUGGGAAGCCACAGGUAUGGCUAGAGGUGAGUCGUGUAUUCUUCAAGGCAGAAAUAACAACCUUAACCACAAUAUCAGGACGGCAGUUCAGGCAAAAAUCCCAGAGUAGUACAACAGCCACGGAAAAUAGUUAGCAUAUCUGGCAAUAUCGUUACUAUCGACAUCCCACUCACUUAUUCGCUCGACUCACGCUACAUGGCUCCUCAGUUGGUCCCCUAUACGCCCCCAACUGGCUCAAGCGAAAUGGGUGUCGAGAAUCUCAGCAUCACACUUUCUCCCACCUGCUCUGCAAAAGUACUCACUGAUGCAACUUGUAAAGGAUCAGCUCUCGACAUCGCAUCAUAGAGCACCGAUUCUUUCGCUCGCUCUCUAAAUAUCAUAGGAUAUAAUGCCUUCGUGACUGUCCAACCAAACACAUUCCGUCACACACUGGUCAAUAUAAACAUGCACCGCAACGGUGCCACAGACAACGGUGCAGGCUAUGCCGGUGGUAUAGGUAUUGAAGGAACUCAGAUCCUAGUCUCGGAUUGCUCUGCAUAUGGCCCUCUAGACGCAAAGUUCUACUCCAUCUGGACGACAACUUUAACUCCAGGCCCAAAUGCCAUUGUCCGUUUCACAGCCCAACAAUCUUCGAUGAUUAUCCAGCCUCAUAUGCGGUGGGGGCAUGGCCUCUUGAUUGAUAAUUCGACCACGCCGUUGGAAUUUAUGAAUCGUGCGACGGCGGGAAGUGGGCAUGGCUGGCCUAUAAGUGGUGGAGUGGGAUGGAAUGUGCGAGGCAAAUUCAAGUUGAAGGCUGAGAGUCCGCCAUUGGGUGUGAAUUGGUGUAUAGGUUGUGAAGGUGAUAAGCAGACGGGGACAAAUGGAGCUGUUCAUUGA